GUCUCCAUGAAGACAUUUCUGAUUCCAUCACAAGGCAUUUUAGGGGCAUUUUUAAAUCUUUAUGUAAUGAAAUAGAAGAAAAAAAUUCUUCCAUCAAGCAGCUAACAUUCGUCUCAUUCUGCAGCAGGUAACCUAAAUGUAAUGUAACAGAAGCAAUACUAGGAAUUGGCAGAUAUGAUAAGCAUACUGGAAGGCCUCCUCAUUUUUAUAGCAGUUAGUGAAGCAAUACUGGGAGUUCUAGGGAAUGGAUUUAUUGGACUUGUCAACUGUGUAGACUGUGUGAAGAACAAAAAGUUUUCGAUGAUUGGCUUUAUUCUCACUGGCUUAGCUACUUCCAGAAUUUUUCUGAUAUUGUUAAUAAUUACAGAUGGAUUUAUAAAGCUAUUCUCUCCAGAUAUGUAUUACUCUGGCAAACUAAUUGAUUUUAUUAGUUACUCAUGGAUAAUUAUCAAUCAAUCAAGUAUCUGGUUUGCCACCAGCCUCAGUAUUUUCUAUUUCCUGAAGAUAGCAAAUUUUUCCCACCAUAUUUUUCUCUGGCUGAAGGGUAGGAUCAAUAGGGUUCUUCACCUUCUGAUGGGAUCCUUGUUUAUUUCAUGGUUAUUUACUUUUCCACAAAUUGUGAGGAUUAUUAAUGAUAACAGAAUGAGGAGUGGAAAUACAACCUGGGACUUCAACAUGCCAAAAAGUACGUUCUUUACUAAGCAGAUUUUGGUCAACCUAGGAGUCAUUCUUCUCUUUACACUCUGCCUGGUUACAUGUUUCUUGUUAAUCAUUUCCCUCUGGAGACACAACAGGCGCAUGCAAAUGAACGUCACUGGACCCCAAGACCCCAGUACAGAAGCACACAUGAAAGCAAUGAAAGUUUUAAUAUCUUUUAUCUUCCUCUUCAUCUUAUAUUUUAUAGGCAUUGUCAUAGAGAUAGUAUGUUUCAGUAUGCCAGAAAACAGACUACUGUUUAUUUUUGGCAUGACGACCACAGCCAUCUAUCCCUGCAGUCACUCCCUUAUCCUAAUUCUAGGAAACAGCAAGCUGAAGCGAGUCUCUUUGAGGGCCUUGCAGCAAUGCAAGUGCUGUGAGGCCGGGACACGGCUCACAGCUCACAGACCCGCGUGGGGAGAAAUGGAUGUUCUAGGAGAAUAAUCUAGAGAAGAAGCCCCUGAAAACCUGUUUUACUUGCACCACACGUACUUGCAUUGACUGUAACUGUGUUAUUGAACCUCGCUAAAAUCGUCCAUAAUUAUCUUGACUAAAUUCUAGGAAAUUUUACUCUUCAAGUGACGAUUCGGUGGCUUUGUCACCUUCCCGACCCUGUGAUGUCUUCUUCCCACACACCUCCUGGAGGAAAACCAGCUUGGAGACUAUUUUCACUGUUAAGGUUAUGAUGGUGAGAAUAAGCACCUAAAACAGGAGUUUGCACUGUGCUUUGCCCGACUUCCCUGAACCACUGAGAGCCUUUCACCAAGAAGACCCAGAAAGCAAGACAAAGGGAAUCGUAAUCAGCCUUGAUAUUUAGAACAUGGGUGUAAGAGUCAGAGACAGAAGUGUGUGUUUUGAGUGUGCAAUUUUAAUUAUUUAAAAGAUCACUUUUACUCUCACUGUUUAAAUCUUAAUUUGUGUGUAAUUGGAUGUGUUUGAUGUGAUAGAGAUAGUAGUAGAUGCUCAGUAAGAAGGAGCUAGAAGGCACAGCCUACAUGGGGGUCUGGGCAUCAGAGCCCUGAUGAAGGAGUCUUUAUAUUUCAAACCCACUGACUGGAGAUAAAGCAGAAUCACGAACCAACUGGAGCUGAGCAAAACUUUUGCUGGAAGUACAGAUCCAAAGGAUUCAACACGGUCCCUGAGUUACGCUGAGGGACACAAGAUAGAACCCGGGAUGAAUCAGUAUGAAGUAGGAGAUGUUCUGCUUUAAGCUCUUACAAAUAUUUAAGUUCAUACACACAGACUCACACUCACAGAUGUAUUUCAAAUGCUGAUUUUAGAAGAGAAUAUUUAUGCCCAACCCAGAGUGUGAACCAAGUAACUUAUUUUGGUCACUUGCAGAAGUGCAUUGAUCUUAUACUAUGACCUGAGGUCUAGAAGAUUUCUAAAUAAAAGUGCUUAUUUCAUUCAAAUAGUUUUUGAACACUAACUCUGCUAGGGGCUGAGGCUAUAGUACUGAACAAGAGGCCAGCAUAAGGAAUAAGAUAUUCUAGUAGAAAAGCAAAUAAAUAGCAAAUAAUAACUUAGACAAUUUUAUUUGUGGAUUUGUGAAAGAAAAACUGAAGGAUACUAUAUAAAUGAUCUGACUUGGUCCUGAGAAAAGAGAAGGUGCCAUUGAGGUUGAAAUGCUUUUGUUUCUGUUUUUGAGAUCUGAAUAAUGCCUAAGAGUAAGGUGGGCAGAGCAGGAGAGAUUUGGGGUGGGGAACAUGCAAAUGUAUAGGUGUUGAAACAAGAAGGAGUAGAGGGCACUGCAGGAACUGAAGGUCCAAUACGGCUAGUAUAGAGUGCAGUAUUUGAAAUUAUUUUUUAAGAAACACUCCAA